UUAUCAAAGGCCAUUUGGGGAAAAUGAUUUAUUACGCUCACAAACGUUCCCAAAUAAAACAUCACACCUGAUGGACAAUCCCUUCGGUAUGAAACUCCGUGUCCGUAGUCCAUAUAUGGGUAAUAACAUGACGUCACACACAGGUGUUCUGCAUCACUGCGCAACAGCGGAAGGAGAUACAGUGUUUCCGUCUUUUGCUUCAUACGGAAAAGUGAACUUUGUUGUCAUGUCCGAGUGUGUAGAAAUUAUUGAAACAAAUUGACAUGGAUUAAGAACAGCGCGAGGAUACUGUGUUUCAUUCUUAUUGUGGCCAAGACGGGCUGAAACCCAGCACUUCACUGGCAAAAUGACAUACCACUGGCAGAGUCGCAAUGUCAAAACCAGCGGAGUGGAUGACAUGGUCCUCCUGCAAAAGAUCUCCGAGUCAGCAAUUGUUGACAACCUCAAGAAGAGAUUCAUGGAGGAUUGUAUAUAUGCAUAUAUUGGACCAGUGUUGGUGUCGGUGAAUCCAUUCAAACAGCUCAACAUCUACACGGAGAGACACAUUGAACAGUAUCAGGGAGCGGCCCAGUACGAGAACCCUCCUCAUGUGUAUGCCCUGACAGACAACAUGUACCGGAACAUGUUGAUAGAGAUGGAGAACCAGUGUGUCAUUAUCAGUGGCGAGAGUGGAGCCGGCAAGACAGUGGCAGCAAAGUUCAUCAUGAGUUACAUUGCCAAAGUGUCUGGAGGGGGAAACAGAGUACAGCAUGUAAAAGAUGUCAUAUUAGAAUCCAACCCAUUACUAGAAGCAUUUGGAAAUGCAAAGACUGUUCGGAACAACAAUUCCAGUAGAUUUGGCAAGUAUGUUGAAAUCCAGUUUAGUCGAGGAGGUGAGCCAGAUGGUGGGAAAAUCUCAAACUUCCUUCUUGAAAAGUCUCGAGUAGUUUCCCAAAACCCAAGUGAGCGAGGAUUUCAUAUAUUUUAUCAGCUAUGUGCAGGGGCUACUGCACAGCUCAAAGAGAACUUAGGCAUUACAACUCCAGACUACUACUACUACCUGAACCAGAGUGGUACCUACAAGGUGGACGGCAUGGAUGACGUCCAGGAGUUCCAGGACACUCUGCGGGCUAUGCAGGUGAUCGGUAUUCCUGAAGAUGUCCAGAACGAUGUCCUCUCCAUUGUGGCUGGCAUUCUACAUCUGGGCAACAUCAGCUUCCAGGAGGACGGCAACUAUGCUGGCAUAGCAAAUGAUGACUUUCUUGCUUUCCCGGCUUUUCUACUGGGCAUUGAUGCUGAGUUGCUUCGCACGAAGCUGACUGGGCGUGUCAUGGACAGUAAAUGGGGAGGCAAGUCGGAGAGUAUUGAAAUGAAACUCAACAAAGAACAGGCCGAGUUCACCAGAGAUGCUCUCGCCAAAGCCAUCUACACACGUGUGUUUGACUAUCUAGUAGAGUCGGUCAACUGUGCUAUGCAGAAGCAGACAGAAGAGGUCAACAUUGGGAUUUUGGAUAUAUACGGGUUUGAAAUCUUUGCCAAGAAUGGAUUUGAGCAGUUCUGUAUAAACUAUGUCAAUGAGAAACUGCAGCAGAUCUUCAUAGAACUCACCCUGAAGGCAGAACAGGAGGAGUAUGUCCAGGAGGGCAUCAAGUGGACGCCAAUAGACUACUUCAACAACAAGAUUGUGUGUGACUUGAUUGAGUCCAAGAGCCCCCCGGGACUCAUGUGUGUGGUGGAUGACAUCUGUGCCACCAUGCACGCAGUGUCCGAGGGAGCCGAUCAGAAACUGAUCAUGAAACUCCAAGGUGCUGUAGGAUCUCACGAGCACUAUCAGGGAUCUAACACAGGGUUCGUCAUCCAUCACUAUGCUGGCAAGGUGUCUUACGAAGCAAACGGCUUCUGUGAAAGGAAUCGUGAUGUUCUGUUCACUGAUCUCAUUCAGCUGAUGAAAUCAAGUCAAAACUCAUUUAUUGCAAGUCUCUUUCCUGAGGAUGUGAGUUCUCAGACAAAAGGUCGUCCGACCACAGCAGGCAGCAAGAUCAGAACUCAGGCCAAUAAGCUAGUUACGACACUAAUGAAGUGUACACCUCACUACAUCCGAUGUAUCAAGCCAAAUGAAACAAAGAAAGCAAGAGACUGGGAAGAAAGCAGGGUUAAACAUCAGGUGGAGUACCUGGGCUUGAAGGAAAACAUCCGGGUCAGAAGAGCGGGCUUUGCCUUCAGGAGAGAGUUCGCAAAAUUCAUCAAGAGAUACAACGUCCUGACGCCAGAGACAUACCCGUCAUGGCGGGGAGAUCCGCGUCAGGGUAUCACACACCUCAUGAAUUCCGUCAACAUGGAUCGGGAUCAGUUUCAGAUGGGGAAGACUAAAGUAUUCAUCAAGAAUCCAGAAUCUUUGUUUCUUCUGGAAGAGGUGCGAGAGAGGAAGUAUGAUGGCUUCGCCAGGGUUAUUCAGAAAGCGUACCGCAAACACUAUGCCGUCAAACAGUAUCUCAAACUCAGGGAAGAAGCAUCUGAUAUUCUAUUGAACAAGAAGGAGAGACGAAAGUACAGUCUCAACAGGAAUUUUGUUGGGGACUACAUCGGACUUGAUGACUCCCCUGAACUACGGGCUCUUGUUGGCAAGCGUGAGAGAAUAGAAUUUGCUCACCAAGUCGUGAAGUAUGACAGAAGGUUUAAGAGUGUCAAGAGAGACCUGCUCCUUACCACCAAGAACUUUUACCUGAUAGGGUUAGAAACAGUGAAGAAGGGGCCAGACAAGGGGAAGAAGGUGUUGGUGAAGAAGCGGGAACUACCAAUAGAUGCAAUCUCGGGUGUGUCUCUCAGCACCAUGCAGGACGACUUCUUCAUCCUCCACAUCCAGGGUGACUACAGCAGCCUGUUACAGUCCAUGUUCAAGACCGAGUUUCUCACCGUUCUCACCAAGCGAUACAAAGACAAAACUGGCAAAACCCUUCAGCCCCAGUUCAAUGACAGCUUGGAGUUUCCUGUGAAGAAAGAAGGCUGGGGUGGAGGAGGAACUCGAUCUGUUCGGUUUGUUCGUGGGUCAGGAGAUGAAGCUGUUCUCAAGCCAUCGUCCAAGGUGCUCACAGUCAGCAUAGGACAGGGACUUCCUCGUGAUUCUCGCCCUGGUAGGAAGCACGUGAGUAACGGCAACCCAAGGCGCCCUGCCCCCUCCCACAUUCCUCCACCUUCAGGUGUUGCAUCGCGACGAGGCCCUGCCCCUGGUAGACCUGCUCCGCGUAUGCCCUCAGGGCCAGCCCCGCCACCACCUACAUCUACGCCACCAUCUAGAAGUCAAGUAAAACGUCAGUCUAGCACUGAUAUACAGCAGAAGAUACUGAGUCGGAGGCCCAACUCAUCGGACAAGACGCCAUCAUUGCCCCGGGAAGGGGCUCAACAUCUGGCUAAGAAUCUCAAGCAGGCGAACAACAACAACAAUGACUUUCUGGCCACGCCUGAUGCCGGGAUUGCUGGGCAAGCUACUAAGUUGAGUCAGGAGAAUAGGAAAAAUGAGAUAUUACGCAGCAAUCAACGUAAGAGUAAAACCAACAAGCCCAACCCUGGUGGAGGCCGCCCCCGCCCCAAGCCCAACCUGAAGCCUAAACCUGCACUGCCUCAAUGCAAGUGUUUGUAUGCCUAUGAUGCUCAAGACACAGAUGAACUCAGCUUCAACGAGGGAGAUAUCAUAGAAUUGGUCAAAGAAGACCCAGCUGGCUGGUGGCAUGGCAAGCUCAGGGGGAAGGAUGGCCUGUUCCCUGCCAACUAUGUAGAGAAGCUGUAACUACACAUCAACACACAGGCUCAUUCACUGCUCAGAACAGACAGGUGGACAGGUCCCUUUACCGCUAGACAACAGCUGGAGAAAUACCCCAUACAGACCUGAUGUGACCCCAUGUGAUAUUCUGACUGAACAUAACAGUGGUAUAAAACCUAACAAGGGGUGCAUGAAACCACCAGAUUAUUCCCCUUGUGAUACCGCUACACGGAAUUUAUCUUUCGCCAUUGUAAAAAACUGAAACAAAUUGGAACCUGAUAGAAAUAAGCUUAGGUUCACAAUGUAAUUUUCAUUGACUCACAAACAAUGUGCAUGUGUUUUGCUUCUGAGUAGGGCUUGAGGUAUGCAUUCAUGUUGCAUCACCAUAUUGUAACGAGUUGGGUGGAAUUGAAAUGUUAAGCUGGUACUGCCUCAGGAAAUUUAGUUCACAUGAGAGAGUGCAAGCUUUACUGGUCAGUAGCACUGGUUUGAUUCCCCUACAGGGUUUGCCCACAUGUUCCCUGCCUUUGUAAGACAGGGAAGAUUUGUGAAAAUGUAACAGUGCUAGUCAUUAUGAGAGUGUAAGAGAAAUCUCCAUUGUCUGCCACCAUAUGAGAUAAACUACAACAUUCAGUGAGAUCUGUUACUAUGAGAUCCAGGUCAACCCCUGGCCAUCGGCUGAAGACCUAGUAUAAUUAUAAAGAUUUACUUUGAUAUGGUAUGUUCAUAUUGCUACACCAUGUCUUUGAAAAUUUCACUUAUCCAGACCUCUGACACUAAAACGCCUCUGUGGGCUUGUCCGUUUAACAUAGCACUUAGCAGGGAUGGUAAUUUUCCGCUGAUCCGUGGAAGCCGAUUUUAUGUCAAAUUGAUCAUUCUGAAGCCCCCAUUCAAAGACACAAUAUUAUGUUUUCAGCUGAAAAUAGAUAUUCCUGUUGCCAUCCCCGAUGUAGUGAUGAUCUAUCAGGCACGCCAUGUCCAUGGUUCCCUUGAUGUCCAGAACAUGGUGAUAUUGAACAGUAUUAUGUUAAAGAUACAUAUAUGGUUUAGUCUGCAGGCUGAUGAGGUAUUGUCUUGUAUCGAGUUGUCUCUAGCUGAGGAUAAACAACAGUGACCUUGGUGGAUAUGUUCCCAGUCCCACAUUGAUAAGGGGAUGAACAUGAAAUGAGAAAUGUCACAAUCUCUGUCUAAGAAAUGUUUGUUCUCCCUUGUCAAACAGAGAACCACAUUGAGUAGAUAGUAUCAGCUCAAAUCGUAUUUGGACCAUUUACAAAACAACUACUGCCUUGCACUAGACUUCAACAUGGACUAACAAGUCAUGAACAACUAGACAUGUCUUGCUGUGCUGAUUUCCAAUCUGAUAGGCACCAAUAACUGCAUGCUGGAUUUAGUACGUGCAGGAAGAAUAUUCGAGUUACAUCUUGUUUGUUUGGAAGUAGAGGUACUGUAGGACUAGAAUUUG